AUGAAUGGUGCAAAUAAUGUGACUGAAUUCAUUCUUUUGGGCCUCAAACAGAAUCCUGAAAUGCAGAAAAUAUUUUUUGUGGUAUUUUUACUCAUUUACUUAUUGACCUUGCUGGGAAAUAUGCUGAUUGUCAUCACCAUUGCAACCAGUCAGACUCUAAGCUCCCCUAUGUAUGUAUUUCUUUCCUACUUGUCCUUCUUAGAUAGUUGUUAUUCUUCUUCCAUGGGCCCCAAGAUGAUAAUUGAUUCACUCUCUGACAGGAAAACAAUAUCUUUCAAUGCAUGUAUGACCCAGCUUUUUGCAGAACAUUUGUUUGCUGGGGCUGAAGUCAUCCUGCUAAUGGUGAUGGCCUAUGACAGGUAUUUGGCGAUCUGUAAGCCCCUGCAUUACUUGACUAUGAUGAGCAGACCAGUAUGUAUUCUUUUGGUGGGUUUGGCCUGGAUGGGAGGCUUUGUUCAUGCCAUGAUACUGAUCCUAUUCAUCAUCUGGCUACCUUUUUGUGGUCCCAAUGUCAUUGACCAUUUUAUUUGUGAUUUCUUUCCUUUGCUGAAACUCUCUUAUGCUGAUAUCAAUCCCUUUGGCCUUUGUGUUGCUGCCAAUAGAGGAAUAAUGUGCAUACUAAUUUUUUUCAUGCUUCUCACAUCUUAUGUCAUCAUACUCAACUCCCUGAAAAUGCAUAGCUCAGAAGGACAGCGCAAAGCUCUCUCAACUUGUGUGUCCCACAUUGUAGUAGUCAUUUUGUUCUUUGUGCCAUAUAUGUUUGCAUAUCUACGACCUAUGACCACCUUCUCCAUUGAUAAGGGCAUGGCUGUGUUUUAUACAAUGAUAACCCCUAUGUUAAAUCCCUUAAUCUACACACUAAGGAAUGAGGAAGUAAAAAAUGCCAUGAGAAAAUUGUGGAGCCAAAGAAUGUUUUAG